AUGCGAGGCUGCUUCACUUUUGUAAGUGCUCUGAUGAGCUUGCUCAACGGCCUCGCAUCGCUCGAGAACAACCAGCUUGACAUUGUCCUCCAACGCGUGCGCAACGCCGACGAGGAGCUCACCAAAGAUGAAGAUUGGCCAGGGAAGACAGUGCUACGAGGCCUUUGCAAUCUCGUGGCCGGCGUCGUCGAGAUUAUGCAAGGAAUGCCUUCCCGUGGGGUGUGGCACGUGCUUCGAUCCUGGCUUUGGCUGCGGAAUUUAGAGGUGGAGGCACUGAAUUACGAGGGCCACGAGCGCUGCUGCGUUCGGUCCACGGCACUUCUGGCCCUUGGGGUGUUCAACCUGUUCGUGUCUAUGCUGCCUCCAACUGCAAUGAAGGCUGCUGGCUGGGCCACUGGGUUCGCCGGUGGCCGGGACGUGGCUCUGGCUCAGCUGCAGUCGUGUUGGGAAGAAGGUGGCAUCCAGGCGCCGUUUGCUGGCCUGGUGCUGAUCGGCUUCUCUGUCGAUGUCUCUUCCUUCCUCGGGGAGCUCCGCGUUGAGCGCAACAAGCGGCACACGACGGCGCGCUCUAUCCUCGACUGGGCGAACUCUGCCCAGAGAGGUUGUAGAGGUGUUUGUGGAGUCGGUGGGACAGUAGAAGUUGUGGACUGCUUCUUGGUUGGAACGGAUUGGUUUGAGAGUCACAAGAACGGAGAGGGACCAGACAGCGAGAGAGAGCAUUGCUUUUUCUGGUUGCCACAAGGAAGACGAACUACCCCAGCGCUUUCUUCUUCAAGGGCCUCGAGAGUGGCUACCUUGCAGCCAAUCAAGAUCUAG